UUUUUUUUAAUUAGGAGGUAUAAGUAGUUCGUAAUUUUUCAAUAGUAAAUACUUUCGGUCCAAGAAAUUCUGCUUUUAUGUAAUUCGCUUUGAUCUACAGUAGAUUCUGUUAACAACAAAGCGAAGCAAACGCAACAUUUUAGUCGUAAGAAAAUAAAAUAGUUAAUUUUGCAAUAAUUAAAAAUGGUCUCUAUUUCAAACUUGAUUAAUAGUGGUUUACUCUUGGUAACUCAAAAUGCCUACCCAGAUCUUGCAACUCCACAACAAGCUGCUACUGAAAAUUAUAAUAUCAUUAAAUUCUUAGGUGGUUCUGCUCCUUAUAUUCAAAGAGAUGGAUACGGUAUUGAUGUUGAUUUACCUGCCAAUUGUUCAUACCAACAAGUUCAAUUGCUUUCAAGACAUGGUGAAAGAUUUCCGGGCCUGGGCGAAGGUGCUACUUUUGAACGAAUCUAUAAGAAAUUCCAAAACUAUAAUAAAACCUUUACUGGUGAUUUGGAAUUCCUUAACACUUACACUUAUUUUGUUCCUGAUCAAAGCUUAUAUGAAAAGGAAACUACUCCAAGUAACUCUCAAGGUCUUUAUGCUGGUGUCACUACUGCCUACAGACAUGGUGCUUAUUUCAGAGCUAAGUAUAAUGAUUUGUUUGCUGCAAAUACAACCACCUUGCCUAUUUUCACUUCCAAUUCUGGUAGAGUUUAUCAAACCUCUAAUUAUUUUGCUCGUGGUUUCUUAGGUGAUCAAUUCAACCAGGGAGUCAAUGUCAGAUUCAACAUCCUUAAUGAAAGUGCUAGUCUAGGUGCAAAUUCCUUAACCCCAAGUAUCGGCUGUAAAACUUACAAUACCGGUGCUAAUGCUAGUCUUAUUGCUGAAUACAAUACUACUGCAUAUUUGCAACCAAUUGUCAACAGAUUAGUUGGUCAAAAUCCAGGAUUGAAUUUAACUACCAGUGACGUCCAAAGUUUAUUCUCUUGGUGUGCUUAUGAAAUUAAUGUUAGAGGGGAAUCUCCUUUCUGUACGUUAUUUACCAAUGAAGAAUUCGUUAGAAAUUCUUAUCAUACUGAUCUUUCCAACUAUUACUCAGUUGGGCCAGGUCACAACUUCACUGCUACCAUUGGGGCACCAUUUUUAAAUGCUUCUUUGGCGUUGUUAAAGAAUGAUUCAGCCGAGAACAAGAUCUGGUUAUCUUUCUCACAUGACUCUGAUCUAGAAAGGUUCCAUGCAGCUUUAGGUAUUCUUGAACCAACUACUCCUUUACCAACCUCAUACAUCCCAUUCCCAAAUCCUUAUGUUCAUUCUUCAAUUGUUCCACAAGCUGCUAGAAUUUAUACAGAAAAGUAUCAAUGUUCCAAUACUUCUUAUGUUAGAUACAUUGUUAAUGAUGCUGUUAUCCCUAUUCCUGGUUGUAAUGCUGGCCCAGGUUUAUCUUGUGAAUUCAGCGAAUUUGAAAAGUACAUUGAGGGAAGAAUUGGUCAUCUCAAUUUCACCGACACUUGUGAACUUACUGCAUCUCAACCAAAUAAAGUUACUUUCUUUUGGGAUUGGACAACUACCAACUAUUCCGGUUCGUUAGGUAAUUUCUGAUCUUUUGUAAUGUUAUACUCCUGAAAUGUUCAUGAUAUUUUAUUUCUUUACAUCAACCAGUUGUUUCAAAUAGGGCACCAUUGGUGACCAUAUUUCUUUAAAUUUUAUUGAUUUGUGUAUUAUAUGUAUAUUGAACAUAUAAAUGC